AUGCACCACUUUACAGCAGAGACACAACACAAAGUGUACAAACCAUCGGAGAGCUUGGACGAUUCUGAUAGCGAGACCAUACCCUCAGAUAGCAGCAAAGACAAGCUAAAUGAAUCCUUAUGGAGCAGAGACAUCAGUCCCAUCAGGUCUAAGCUAAAAACAACGUGGCAUUUGACCAAAGAAAGGACUGAACGUUAUUACGUCAAGAAACCGCGCCAAGCCGUCCACGCCGUAAUCGAGGAAAUUGCACCAGAGAAUACAGAGAGUCUAUGGGAGGCCUUGUUAUCAUCAAAAGCAUGUGAGUUCCGACAAGACACUACAGACCAUGCUGACGUGAUACUUAUUGAGGCCGUCACUGAAUGCUACAACAAUGCAGGCCACUGGAGCACUCGCCAACAAGUCCUUUCUACUUUGGUUGACAAAAUUAACUUCAAAAUGCCGAAGAAAUGGAUACCCAAUCUGACACGCUAUAGAUUCGACAUUGCCAGACACCACCAGCUUCUUCAUAGUCGAGGAGCCGUGGUGCCGAUUAAACAGUACACUCGGAUGUAUGUAGCACCAGGGCAACUGAGUCACUUCGUGAACUUCAUUACAAGCACGCACAUCAUCCAGGACCUUCCUUUUGGCGAGAAAAAACUGAAAUUAUCAUCUAAUGAGGAACUGACUAUACCGAAUGCCAUACGAAGUGUCAUUCCAGCACAGAUCAUUUCGCAAUACGAGGAGCUAUGC